AUUUCCAAGGCAAACAGAUUUUUGCCCGGACAGAGAUAACGGCUUGUCAGAGAUGAUAACGCUCAGUAGAUAAACCGAAGUCUGUAAAUACCACAUUCAUUUCCCCUCUGUCAUGCUCUGCAGGAGCAAGCACAUUGCUGCUCUUCUGGUGACUUCUGGCUUCUUCUACCUCAUCUUUUUGUGGGUACAAUUCAAGAAGGAUUUCUACAUUCCUCCGCCGUUUGAAGAAUGUCUUGACAGUUGCAUUGUUAGCACGCAGCCGGUUGACGGUGAAAUCGAGCAUGGCAGAAUCCAGGAUUUGUUGGACCUGAGGGAGGUCGUGGCACAUAACGGCGUGAGGAGCAACCCUUGGAAAGAAUGCCCUGUCCCAGGCAGAGGCCGCGAGAGCACUUUCAUCACCGCGCAGGUGAUAGGGCGGCUGGGCAACGUGGUUUGGUCCUACUUGUCGGUCGUGGCGACGGCCAAGCAAUACAAACUGCGCCCCGUGAUCGACAAGGCGAGCAUCGACUUCCUCAAGAAGAUGGGCUUCAAGGAAUCAUCGCUGCGGGUGCCGUCGGUCGAGUGGCUGGACAGAAAGUGCGGCAUGAACGGCUGGCUCGUUCGCACCUACGCCGACGGCGCGGUCGUUCUAAACGAGAAACGCGAUCUGUUCCUCAGCCUGGAGCAGCCGCCCACCGAGGGAUACGCGAUGCUCAGUUAUCAUUACUACGCGUCCAACGCAGAGGAGAUCAUUCCCAUUUGGAGCGACAUCAGGAAGGAGCUGGUUUUGGGGGACAAGUACACGUUAAAUGCGCGUCGAAGCCUGGACGAGGCGAAGAAAAAGCAUUUGAAGGGUCUGGUUGGCUCGAUGGACCCAGAGUUCGUCGGGCUACACGUGCGCCGCACCGACUAUUUGCGCCACUUGUCCAUCGUGCACCCGAACGGAAUGGUGGCCAGCCCGAAAUAUUACCACACGGCCAUGGACUGGCUGAAGAAGCAAGUAGAUCGGAGUCUUAUUUUCAUCGUCAUCAGCGACGACCCGAAAUGGGCCAAGACUGAGCUCGUGGACCGAAGAUCUGACGCCUACUUGCCAGGCGACGGUGACAUUUACGAUCCCGGUCUCGACUUGGCCUUAUUCGCCGCGUGCAACCACACCAUCUUUGCAUACGGCACGUUCGCGCUCACCGGCGCUCUUUUGGCCAGCCGACCCGGCUCGUUCACCGUCGUUUUCGACCCACUCAACGGCACCAUCACCAAAGAGAUGGAAUACGCCUCCAACCUGCCCGGCUGGCGGAUUAUGGAUGAAGAGGGCAACUUUAAUUAUGACAGAUUUGAAAUUAAAUUUAGAUACGCUUACGGGAAGAGGGGAGCAAGAAGCUUUUAUUUCUCUUCACUACAAAAGUUGAAGAAAUGGUUUCCUUCAUUAUUCAAAACGGGUUGUGCAAGCAGAAUGUACUGCACUCAGUGCGUGUUUUUGUCGUUUUUUCCCUUUGCGAUUGUAAUUUAUGCCUUUGGUUUCGUAAAAUAUGAACUUAACUACUCUCCAACUCUGGACCAUUGCGUUAAAGUGCAUUUUGAAAAAGUUCAAGAAAUAUGCUCCAGAUCAUUAGAGAAGAGCUCACCUGAUACAAAUGAGUCUUAUUCGGCUCAGGUUAGUACAAUUUUCACAACGAUCAAAAGCAGCUCAACUUCUUCGCCUGCAACAAUAAUACAAAUCAAAGAAGAAACAACGUUUCCUCCAAAAUCAGAGCGGAUUUCUACUCCAGUGGGUGAUGCACCCACUACAAUUUCUAGAUCAAGUUCAACGUCAUCCACUCAUUUGAGAGAAAACGACCCUUGGUGGACGUGCCCUGAGCCCGGGAAAGGCAGGCAAAGCAUAAUGAUCAGUGCCCUCGUCAAAGGACGCCUCGGCAACGUGGUCUGGUCGUAUUUAUCAGUCUUGGUGACGGCGAAAAUGUUUAACCUCAGGCCGGUGCUGCACAAUACGACCGUCGAGUUCUUGGUGAGAAAUGCUUUUGAAAUCGAGAGCAUACGAAUCCCGACGCUCGAGUGGCUGGACCGGAAAUGCAACAUGUCUGGAUGGCCGCAAAGAGCAGUGUCGAAAGCGACAAUGAGUAUAACUCUGAGGUCACGCGAUGACUUGUUUCAAGCUCUGGAAAAGUAUCCCAAAAGUGGACUAGGGAUGCUCAGAUAUAAAAACUACGUCACUGCGACAGAAUUUUUGGUACCGCAUUUUUAUGAAUUAAAAAACGAGCUAGUUUUGAAAAAAGACAAAAUGGUAGCCGCCCAGGAAGAGCUUCAUAAAGUUAGAACUGCUUUCUCGCAGCAUUUGAGUAACAAAACCGAAUUUGAGUUUGUCAGCGUCCACGUGAGGCGCACAGACUACAUGCAUCAUAUGAACAAAAUUCACCGCAAUGGAAAAUCGGCCACCCCAAAAUUUUUCCAUGCGGCGAUGGACUGGCUCAUUAAGGAGCUGAAUACCACGGUGAUGUUCAUCGUGAUUAGUGAUGACCGCAACUGGACGCAGGCCAACAUCGUCGCCGACAGAAAAGACGUUUUUCUUGCAGGCAUAUUCCUUCCAAAUCGCAAUUCAAUGAUCAUAUUUCAUUUUUUUAAAUUUAGGGAACAGCGAUAUUUCCAAUCCAGGACGCUUAUAAUUUACGUAGCGUUCUUGGUCAACCUACGUUACCUGAUUUACGAGUGUAAAGACACGCCAACUUUGGAAUAUUGCGUUGAAAUACAUCCUGAAAAAGCAAAAGAAUUUUGCUCUAUCGUGUUGGCAGCCAGCGAUUCAAACUCCACUUCUAACGAGCUAGGAACAACGCUAAUUAAUUACUCCAUCGCCACAUUAACACCGGCGCCCACAAGCCUAGAGACAGCUGGGCUCACCUCCUUGUCAACUAAAGCCACGUCAAUUUCACCAGCAAUCACCCCAUCUACUCUUCCAUCUAAAAUCAGGGAAAAUAACCCGUGGUGGACGUGCCCUGAGCCCGGCAGAGGAAGGCAAAGUGUCGUUCUCGGCGCCAUCGUGGGCGGCCGGCUCGGCAACGUGGUUUGGUCCUAUUUAUCAGUUUUACUGACGGCCCAAAUUUACGGCUUAAGGCCGGUGCUGCACAACUCGACCAUCGGAUUCUUGGUGAGAGACGCUUUUGACAUAGACCAUAUUCGAAUGCCGACACUCGAGUGGCUGGACCAAAAGUGCAACAUGUCCGGGUGGCUGGACAAGGCAGUGCGAAACCUAUCCCUUUGCAAAACCUUUUAUUCGCGCAGAGAACUGCAUCAAGCACUAGAAAAACCUCCGGAAAAAGGAAUAGAAAUGUACAGAUACAGCUACUUUGUGACCACGACAGAGAUGCUAGUGCCGUAUUUUUACGAAAUGAAGAAAGAGCUGGUUUUGCAAAAGGACAAAACGUUGCAUGCUCAGAAACACCUUCUGGAUGUAAAAACUAGCCACUUGCAGUAUUUGAGAAGUCAAAAUAUCAGCAAAACUGAUAUUGAGUUUGUCGGUGUCCACGUUAGACGCACAGACUAUGUACACCACAUGAAUGUUGUCUUCCCCCUUGGAAAAUUGGCCACCCCUAAAUUUUUCCACGUGGCUAUGGACUGGUUUAUUAAUGAAUUAAACACGCCGGUAGCGUUCGUGGUGGUCAGCGAUGACAAAAACUGGACAAAAGCCAACAUUGUCGUUGACAGAAAAGACGUUUAUCUUGGAGGAGACGGUGAUAUUUCAAACCCUGGGGCCGACUUGGCCAUUCUCGCUGCUUGCAAUCACACAAUUUUCGCGUAUGGCACGUUUGGACUCACCGGAGCCUUUUUGGCGAGCCGUCCUGGUGGCUACACAAUUAUUUUCGACCCUGAGAAUGGAACCGUCACAAAAGAAAUGGAAUUCGCCUCAAAUUUACCUGGUUGGAGAAUAAUGACUGAAGAUGGAAAAAUAACCUACAGAGAAAAUUUAAUUUCUUACGCGUUUUAUGGUCAUCCACGGGUAGAUGUCAGCAAGAAUGCCUAGUAAAUAUUUUUUAGGAGUUUGAAAUACUGCAGAAUCAAUACAAUAUUACCAUAUUUUCUUGAAAUAAAUUUUUAAUCCAUCAAAUAACAA